AUGGCAUUCCCUUCCUCGUCCCUCCUCUUCUUCUUCCUCAUCCUGCUGCUGUCUACCGCUGCGGCGGCGGUGUCCUCCUCUCCGUCGGGAGAUCUGCAGCAGCUCCUCUCCUUCAAGAGCUCCCUCCCCAAUCCUGCCCGCUCUCUCCCGAGCUGGCAGCCAGGCGGCGACCCCUGCUCCUCCUUCGCCGGCGUCUCCUGCAGAGAUUCCCGGGUCUCCGCCCUCCGCCUUGACGGCGUCGCCAUUAAUGGCAACUUCAUCCACGUCUCCUCCUCCCUCCUGGCCCUGGAGUUCCUCGAAACCCUCUCCCUGAAGGGCACUAAUCUCUCCGGCACUCUCUCGCCGCCGCCGGCGGGGACCCGCUGCGGCGGUCGCCUCAUCGAGCUGGACCUCGCCAGGAACGGCCUCUGGGGUUCCGUCACCGAGAUCCCGUCCCUCACGUCAUGGUGCCCUUCGCUUCGGACCCUAAACCUCUCCGGCAAUGCCCUCGUCUUCUCCCCCUCCGGGGCCGGCGAAGUCGCUGGCCUGAGGCUAAACUCUGUCGACCUCUCUUUCAACCGCAUCGCCGGCGAAGAUGCCCUCGACUGGCUACUCCUCUCUGGUUCAGACCUUCGGGUCCUGAACCUCACCGGCAACAACAUCACCGGCUCCGUCCCCACGGUCCGCAGCUGCCCUAAACUGCAACAACUCGACAUCUCCUCCAACUCGCUUUCCGCCAUAGCUCCCGCCGCCUUCGCCGCCUGCGGCAGCCUGAGCGUCCUCAAUCUGUACAACAACAACUUCGCCGGAGAGUUUCCGGGGAGGCUCUUCGGCGACUGCCGGAGCCUCCUCGACCUCGACCUCUCCUCCAAUAACCUCUCCGGUACCGUCCCCCCCGAGUUCGCCUCCUGCGUUUCCCUGCAAUCCGUCAAUCUCUCCAACAACAACUUCUCCGGAUACCUCCCCGCCGAGACGCUGACCGCCAUGGCCGGCCUCAGGAAGCUCCAGCUCUCCUUCAACUACUUCUCCGGCCACCUCCCGGACAUACUCUCCAAGCUGCCGGAGCUGGAGGUGCUGGAUUUGAGCUCCAACUCGCUGUCUGGUUCGAUUCCGGCGGGUCUCUGCCGCCGGCCCGGGCUGAGCCUCAAGGAGCUGUACCUCCAGAGCAACCUGUUCACCGGCGCUGUCCCGCCGGCGAUCAGCAACUGCUCCAUGCUGGUCUCCAUCGACUUGAGCUACAACUACCUGAAGGGGCCGAUCCCCUCCUCCAUUGGGUCUCUGUAUCACCUCCGAGACCUGAUCAUGUGGCAGAACCAGCUCCAGGGGGAGGUCCCGGAAGAGAUUAGCCAUUUGAAGCAACUGGAAAACCUCAUCCUGGACGACAACGACCUCACCGGCCCUCUCCCAGAGGGCCUCAGCAACUGCACCAACCUGAACUGGAUCUCCCUCUCGAGCAAUCGGCUCUCCGGGAAGAUCCCGCCAUGGAUCGGGGGGUUCCCCAACCUAGCCAUCCUCAACCUGGGGAACAACUCCUUCGCGGACGAGAUUCCCCCUGAGAUCGGCGACUGCCGCAGCCUCAUCUGGCUGGACCUCCACAGCAACCAGCUCAACGGGAGCAUCCCGCCGACGCUGGCCAAGCAAUCGGGGAAGAUCGCCGUCGGCCUGGUCACCGGCAAGAGGUACGUCUAUCUCAGGAGCGACGGAGGCAGCGACUGCCGCGGGGCGGGGAACCUGCUGGAGUUCGCCGGAAUCCGGCCGGAGCAGCUCAGCAGGGUGUCCAUCCGCAAGUCCUGCAACUACACCAGGGCCUACAUCGGCAACACCCAGUACACCUUCAACAACAAUGGCUCCAUCCUCUUCCUGGACCUGUCCUACAACCGGCUGGGAGGGAAGCUUCCCCCUGAGCUGGGGGCCAUGUUCUACGUGAUGGUGCUCAAUCUGGGCCACAACGCCUUCUCCGGGAUCAUCCCGCCGGAGCUGGGAAAGCUGGGGAGGGUCUGCAUCCUCGACCUCUCCCACAAUGCUCUGGAAGGGCCCAUCCCCUCGUCCUUCUCCGGGCUCGCCAUGCUCUCAGAGAUCGACCUCUCCAACAACAGGCUCAACGGCACGAUCCCCGAGGGAGGGCAGCUGGCGACCUUCUCCGCCGCCAUGUAUCUGAAUAACUCGGGCCUCUGCGGGCUGCCCCUCCCGCCGUGCGGCGCCGACAGAGCCGCCUCCGGCAACGGCCAGCGGCGGAGGUCCCACCGGAAGCAGGCCUCCCUCGCUGCCAGCGUGGCGAUGGGGCUACUCUUCUCCCUGUUCUGCGUCUUCGGCCUCAUCCUGGUGGCCGUCGAGAGGAAGAAGAGGCAGGAGAAGAAGAAGAAGAAGACGAUGAACAAGGACGGCAGUAAUGGUGGCGGCCGGGACCUGUACAUCGACAGCAGGUCCCACUCCGGCACCUGCAACAGCAACUGGAAGCUGACGGCCACCAAGGAGGCCCUCAGCAUCAACCUCGCCACCUUCGAGAAGCCCCUGCGCAUGCUCACCUUCGCUGACCUCCUGGAGGCGACCAACGGCUUCCACGACGACACCCUCAUCGGCACCGGCGGCUUCGGCGACGUCUACCGAGCCCAGCUCAAGGACGGCAGCGUCGUCGCCAUCAAGAAGCUCAUCCAUCUCAGCGGCCAGGGCGACCGAGAGUUCACCGCGGAGAUGGAGACGAUCGGGAAGAUCAAGCACCGAAACCUCGUCCCCCUCCUCGGCUACUGCAAGGUCGGCGAGGAGCGCCUCCUGGUCUACGAGUACAUGAAGCACGGCAGCUUAGAUGACGUCCUCCACGGCCGGAAGAAGGAAGGGGAGGGUUUCAAGCUCGACUGGCCGGCGAGAAGGAAGAUCGCCGUCGGCGCCGCCAGGGGGCUCGCCUUCCUCCACCACAAUUGCAUCCCCCACAUCAUCCACCGCGACAUGAAGUCCAGCAACGUCCUCCUCGACGACAACCUGGAAGCCAGGGUCUCCGACUUCGGCAUGGCGAGGCUGAUGAGCGCCAUGGACACCCACCUGAGCGUCUCCACCCUCGCCGGAACCCCCGGGUACGUGCCGCCGGAGUACUACCAGAGCUUCCGGUGCUCCACCAAGGGGGACGUGUACAGCUACGGGGUCGUUCUGCUGGAGCUGCUAACCGGGAAGCAGCCGACGGACUCGCCGGAGUUCGGGGACGGCAACCUGGUCGGGUGGGUCAGGCAGCACACCAAGCUCCGGCUGAGCGACGUCUUCGACAAGGAGCUCCUCAGGGAGGACCCAAGCCUCGAGCUGGAGCUCCUGAAGCACCUCAAGAUCGCCUGCGCCUGCCUCGACGACCGGCCCAUGCGCCGUCCGACGAUGCUCAAGGUCAUGGCCAUGUUCAAGGAGAUCCAGGUGGGCUUGGCGGUCAACUCCGCCGGCUCCGCCACUGUCGCCUCCCUCGACUCCGGCUGCGACAUGGCCUUGAAGGAAGGCAGAGAAGACAAGGACCAGUGA